GUGAGAUAAGCGAAUGGUACUCCCCAACAGUGUCGAUAAGCUAUCUUACGACCUUACAUGUGAUGUCUUGCUGAAUCUAAAAUCAGUCGAAUCGUCUUGCUGUCGACAGUGACGGACAGUUUCACAAAGGGGCCUUCGUUUCGCCGCUUACCUCACCACAGCGACCCACAAUGCGUCUCGCCAGCGGUCACGUCGCCGUCCAGCUCCACGACGAAGAGCUGACGAAGAUCCAGAAGGACUUCAAGGGUUUUGGCAAAGGCUUGGUUCGCCUGACGCCCGGGGAAUGGCUGUUGCCGGCGCCUUACACCAAGUUCGCAGACAAGAUCUAUAAUACGGAGUUUCGCGCGAGUGAUGUCGUCAUAAUGACGUACCCGAAGUGCGGAACGACGUGGACGCAGGAGGUCGUGUGGACCAUGAGGAACAACCCGAACCUCGACCACCCGAAGGCCGGCAUUCCUGUCAAAGCUCGUUCGCCCUUUGUCGACUCGGACAUGCUAAUGCACAUGAGCAAAGACGUGCUAAAUAGUGAACUCCUGGAGAUGGUCAAGGACAUUGUACCACACCCUAAUCCUGACGAAGGCUUGGCGCUGCAGUUGACCGCCAACAUCCCUGACCCUCGAACUAUCAAGACGCACCUGCCUUUCUCCCUCAUGACCCCUGACCUCCUCGAUACGGCCAAGGUGAUUUACGUGGCAAGGAACCCCAAGGACGUGGUCUUGUCCUUCCUUCACCACAGCCGGCUCAUGAAGAGUAUGAGCUACGUCGGCUCCUUGGAUCAAUAUGUGGAUUAUUUUGUUAAUGACCAGCUGAUCUACGGGCCGUACUGGGAGCACCUUCGCGAGGCCUGGCCCAGGAGGGAUCACCCCAACAUGCACUUCGUCUUUUACGAAGACAUGAAGGCGGACCCCAUGGCGGAGCUGAGGAAGCUGAACCAAUUCCUCGGAACUGAUCUGACGGAAGAACAGCUGGAGAAGAUCGCCCACUAUACCAGUUUUAAGGAAAUGAAAAAGAGAGAUGAAGAUUUUUACAAGGAGAAAGAAAUGAGACGUUUGGAUCAGGAAGUGAGUAAGAAGGACGGAGGUUUCUUCAGAAAAGGUGAGGCCGGAAGCUGGAAGAGCCAGCUGACAGACACGCAAGAAGCCAAAAUUAAUGACUGGACGAAGGGGAAUUCGCAGAAGCUCGGUAUCAAGUUUAGGUAUUCAGUGUAAUUUUCCAAAAGAUAUUGGUAAUAUUCAUGGGAGUCUGAACGGUCGUGUUGAUGUAUUCCAGAACACAAAACAUUGUAUUUAUGUUUUGGAUGGAUGUGCAAGCAUGUCAUCCUAAGUAUAUUUCCGUAGACAAAAGCUGCAUACACACACGCACACGCACGUAGUCACACACACACACGCACACACACACACACACACAUACACACACACACACACACACAUGCGCACGCGCAGCCACACGCAUACACCAUCAAACACAUUUUUUUUUUGUCCAUUAAAGCUAGAAUGUCCAAGCUAUUUUCAUAUUCCAUUUAUUCAAUCCUCGAGAUAGACUGAAUGUUAUAUCAUAUCAUCUGUAACACUAAGCCAUUCUAAGAAGCACAAUAAAACAUUUCUUCAUACUGAUGUCAACCGAAAUAAGGAAUUAGGAAUGAUAAAAAAAUGUUAACUGUAAGAUAGUAGUUAGAUUUUGAAUUGAUUAUAAUGCUUAGAUAGAUACGCAUAUAUAUAUAUAUAUAUAUAUAUAUAUAUA